AUGUCUUCUCCCACUAUUUGUGUUAACUCUAAUUCGGAUUCAUGUGAUAUCUCAGAAACUGAUAUUCCUGCAUAUUACGAUGAUAUUAUAAAAAUAAGAAGCAAAAAUGUAGAAUUGUCUGAAACAAUAUCUCUCAUUGAAUGCCCUAAUGGAACCAAAGUUUACUUGAUAAUUGAAGACACUCAUCCAGAUGUUGUCGUCGUCGAACUCUGUGAAAGUAGGGUUAGGGCAUUGCUGAUGAAUGAAGAGGAAAUAAAAGAGCAGCUAAAGGAUAUACAACUUCUUAAAAUGCUCAAAGAAGUAAGGUUUACUUAUUUAUGUUAUAUUGCUGUUGAUCUAUGA